UCUCGAACCUUCUGGGUAAUGCCGGUUUACCCAUAAUGCACCGCGCCCAUUCCCUUUCUUCUCGGCUCUGUGGUGGUGGUGGAAAAUGUCGAUGUUAGAGGGUCCGUUAAACGUGCUCGGCCAGAGGACAACUGGCGAGUCUAUUCGCACUCAAAAUGUCAUGGCCGCAGCAUCCAUCGCCAACAUCGUCAAGAGCUCGCUCGGACCAGUGGGCCUCGACAAGAUGCUGGUGGACGACAUUGGAGACGUGACCAUCACCAACGAUGGAGCCACCAUCCUGAAGCUGCUGGAAGUGGAGCACCCAGCUGCCAAGGUCCUGUGUGAACUGGCUGACCUGCAGGACAAGGAGGUCGGAGAUGGGACCACCUCUGUGGUAAUUCUUGCUGCAGAAUUGCUUAAGAGUGCAGAUGAGCUUGUGAAGCAGAAGAUUCACCCCACAUCAGUCAUCAGUGGAUAUCGUCUGGCUUGCAAGGAGGCAGUUCGCUACAUUAAUGAGAACCUCACCAUUGGGACAGAUGACCUGGGCAGAGAGUGUUUAAUAAAUGCGGCCAAAACCUCCAUGUCCUCCAAAAUCAUUGGAGUUGAUUCAGAAUUCUUCGCCAACAUGGUGGUGGAUGCCGCCAUUGCUGUGAAGUUUGUGGACGGCAGGGGAGUGGCCAAAUACCCCAUCAACUCUGUGAAUGUGCUGAAAGCCCAUGGCCGCAGCCAGAAAGAGAGCUUCCUGGUUAAUGGGUAUGCGCUGAACUGCACAGUCGGCUCACAAGGCAUGGUAAAACGUGUCAUCAACGCUAAGAUUGCUUGCCUGGACUUCAGCCUGCAGAAGACAAAGAUGAAGAUGGGAGUCCAAGUCAUCAUCAACGACCCAGAGAAGCUUGACCAGAUCAGACAAAGAGAAUCUGACAUCACCAAGGAGAGGAUCCAAAAGAUUUUGGCAUCCGGUGCCAAUGUCCUCUUGACCACAGGUGGCAUCGAUGACAUGUGUCUUAAGUACUUUGUGGAUGUCGGAGCCAUGGCAGUGAGGCGGGUUCUGAAGAAGGACCUGAAACGCAUCGCCAAGGCAACAGGAGCCACCAUCUGCCCCUCUCUGACCAACCUGGAGGGAGAAGAGACUUUUGAGGCCACUAUGCUGGGUCAGGCUGAGGAGGUUGUGCAGGAACGCAUCUGUGAUGAUGAGCUCAUCCUUGUCAAAAACACCAAAGUACGCACAUCAGCAUCUAUCAUUUUGCGCGGGGCCAACGACUUCAUGUGUGACGAGAUGGAGCGUUCACUGCAUGAUGCCCUCUGUGUGGUGAAGAGGGUCCUGGAGUCAAAGUCUGUAGUUCCAGGCGGAGGCGCUGUGGAAGCAGCUCUGUCAAUCUACCUGGAGAAUUAUGCUACCAGCAUGGGUUCCCGGGAGCAGCUGGCUAUUGCCGAGUUUGCUCGAUCUCUCCUAAUCAUCCCCAAGACACUGGCUGUGAACGCAGCACAGGACUCCACUGAUCUGGUGGCCAAGCUUCGGGCCUUCCACAAUGAGGCUCAGGUUAACCCCGAACGCAAGAAUCUCAAGUGGAUUGGUCUGGACCUGCUGAACGGCAAGCCUAGAGAUAACCGUCAGGCUGGUGUGUACGAGCCCACCAUGGUCAAAACGAAGAGCCUUAAAUUUGCCACCGAGGCCGCCAUCACCAUCCUCCGUAUCGACGACCUCAUCAAACUGUUUCCAGAGCCGAAGGAGGGCGGCCAGUCGUACCAGGAUGCCGUGCAGUCAGGAGCUCUGGAGGGUUAAGAGGCUGUAAUUGGUCUGGUCCAGUUCAUUGUCUGUAUUUAUACAUAAAGAGCUCUUCGUGGCUGUUGCUCUUAGUGUAGGCCGUGCGUGCACUUUGCCUGUUUACUGUUCUCCCACUCCCUCCUGCUUCCAGAGGAACUGUAAGUGAUUUGUUUUUUUGGACACUUAAUAAAAGCUCCAAUGGUUGUAAAUGA